GGAUGCGAUGCGAUGCGAUGGAAGAUGCAUCUCGAGUUUGUUUGAGUGGUGAAUAUUGAAGGAGUGUGUCGGCCAGUCGAGAGGAAAAAUCUUUCAUCCGCAUUGGCUUAGGCGCGCACACACACACACACACACACAUGCCAUCAGUGGGGCGAGAGCCUGUUUUUCCGGAUUCCCAAUUAAUAGGCCAGUUAUGGUAUUACAGCAGAUACUACAACGAACAAUGAACACGGCCGGUGAAUGAAUGACAGCCACAACAAUAACAACAACAACAAUAACAAUAAUAAUAAUAAUAAUAACAAUAAUAACAGUGGUUUUAUUGAUUCCAUUCUGGCGGAUACUUCGUGUACAGCCAAACAUGUUCAAGUAUCGGAUCCGCAUGUUUUUCAAUGAGCUGAAAGUGCUGGUGUUCAUGCGGUCCGAUUCGAGACAGCCCGGCCCGGACGCAGAUCGACGCUCCGCCGCCGCCAUGCGCGGCCUGGGGAUGGGCGGCUGCGGCUGGCCGCCGUUCGUCGACUGCCGCCCGCGGGACGACGACGAGGAGUACUACGGCAGCGACCCGCGGCCCCGCAGCCUGGCGUUCGAGGACAAGGAGCCCAAGCUGCCGGUGGGCCUGGACGCCGUGUCGCUGGCCAGCACCGCCAGCAGCCUGCGGACCCCCCAGUGCCGGAUCUGCUUCCAGGGCCCAGAGCAGGGCGAGCUGUUGAGCCCCUGCCGCUGCGACGGCUCGGUGCGCUGCACCCACCAGCCCUGCCUCAUCCGCUGGAUCAGCGAGAGAGGCUCCUGGAGCUGCGAGCUCUGCUACUUCAAGUACCAGGUCCUGGCCAUCAGCACCAAGAACCCUCUGCAGUGGCAGGCCAUCUCUCUCACGGUGAUUGAGAAGGUGCAGAUAGCCGCCAUCAUCCUGGGAUCCCUGUUCCUCAUCGCCAGCAUCUCCUGGCUCAUCUGGUCCUCCCUCAGCCCCUCUGCCAAGUGGCAGCGCCAGGACCUGCUCUUCCAAAUCUGCUACGGCAUGUACGGCUUCAUGGACAUCGUCUGCAUAGGCCUAAUCAUCCACGAGGGAUCAUCAGUAUAUCGAAUCUUCAAACGAUGGCAGGCUGUUAAUCAGCAGUGGAAAGUACUGAACUAUGAGAAAUCGAAGGACUUGGGCGACCCGUUGAGUUCGAGCAAGACGGGGGCGCGCGGCUCCCGCGGGAACCCUCACGGCCUGGCCAGCAGCAGCGGCGGGCGACAGAGCAGGAGGCUAAGAACUAUUCUGAACCACCACUGUGGGUACACCAUCUUGCACAUCCUGAGCCAGCUGAGGCCCAACGACCCGCGGAUCAGCGCCGCCGCCAACCGGGAGGUGGUGAUGAGGGUCACCACCGUAUGAGUCGGACCGGGGCACGUGCAGCGGGGACGGACCUCAUUGAUUUGAGUUCAGAUGCGAAAUGAGUGGAGGGACUUCUGGACCUGAUAUUAAAUAAUACAGACUGAUGCAGGCAACAGGAGUCCUGCGAGGAGCUGAGCGAUGCCCGGAGCAUCAACAGACACGACACACUUGAGGAUUUCUCCUCUCGUUUCGUACGACAAAAGGAAGCCAGAUGCUCCUUUUCAAUAAUUAAAGAAACUGAUGAAAGUAAGGACGAAGAAGCGCAUUAAAAGACAUCAAACAUGAAACGUGAGGGAGGGAGGGGGGGAGGGUAAAAGUGUAAACAGGCUUUAUAACCUAAUCCAAGAUGAUGAGACGAUUUUUCCAAUUCAAUAUCAGGAUGCACAGAGACAUUUUUCCUUUUGUUUCUGAUCCUCUUGGUUUGAUUUGUAUUUACUCCUUGGUUUUUUGCUCUUUUUUUGUUGUUUUUUUACUCACUUUGAUUUUGUACGGAUGUAUGAUUUUGGAGGAAAUCAUGUAACUUUAUACAUGCCAAACGUUUCCAGACGACCAUGUAUAAUGAUCUUGAAAAUUUCUACGAGCUAAUCGAUGCUGGUAAAAUGACCGAAAACUGAAACAAACAAACAAACAAACGAACACGAGGGUGACACCAAGGAGGCAACAGAACAAUAAGCCAAUACAAGUUUUAAAAAAGAUAUGUUAAGAAAAAAUUACAAAAUAGGAAAAAAAAAAAAAGAAAUCAGUAAGAUUUCAGUGACACUUAACCUUUCUGCAAUAAAGAUGCGUAUGUACAUUUCACAGGGAGUUUUUUGCAUGGGUAUAUCAUUUUAUUCUCCAUCACAUUAACAUAAGCACAUGACAAAUUUGCUCUAUUUCGAAUGGUGCUUGCCAAAAUAAACACUUUGAAAAACAUCUGAUUUCAUUGCACCAACUUUUUGUCAACAUGAGAAGUGGCAGUGUGUUGCAGCUAUUUCAGCUAAAAUACAGAUUGUUUGCUGCCGUGUGCUGAUUCAGAUUUGAUAAUAAGCAAAACUAUUGGAUUAAAAACGGGGAUCAGCUGAUCUCUUACUAA